AACAAAAUAACGUAGCUAGAGAGAUCUGCCAGGGAGGGGGGCUGAAGAACAAAACAAUGACACUGCUCGGAAGGAUUCAAACACAGUAACACUUUUCAAAGACUUGUUGUUGUUUUUUUAAAAACGGACUCACGCAGAUUUCCCUCCCGGUAAAAAGUAAAAGAGUCCGCGGAUCGCCGAGCUGAAGACAUCGACGGGCUGUUGUUUUUGUUGUUUAUGUUGUUACAGCUCAGUUGACAAGCUGGAGGCUAGCUGCCUGUAAGGACGGAUAUACACUAUUAGGGCUCGCAAAUUACAAAAUUUCCUUUUUGGAAAGGUUGAAACUGUCCGUGGAAACCAGCCAGCUGUGAGUUUCGUGUCUCUGCUUUGUUGCCGAGUUUGCCAGAGAGCUGUUGAGGGUCAGUUUGCUAAGCUAGCCUGUUGUUAGCAACAACAUUUGCACAUCCAUCUCUUCAGGGAGAAUUCAUUGUCUCGGUUUGGUACGAGAUAACCUGCAGAAUAUUCUGUGUUAUUAUUAUUAUUAUUUUUUAUACGUUAAGAUAAAUAUUUUUAUGUUGUGUUGCAGCGAAAUGCCAACUUAUACACGCACAGGCUAAAAAAGAUAGCAGGUGUUACUCAACCAGACGCUGUUCCUGCUUCAUUGCCUCACUGCUUGUUGCACUACGUUACUUAAUUUUGCCGUCUUAAUUUUAAUCAAUUUAAGCGUGAUAAAGUAUUAAGUGUUCAGUAUUCAGACCAACAUCGUAGGUACCAUGCAGCUUAUUUAAAUUCAUUCUUAAUAGGUCAUCUCUAUUUUCAGUGUGAAGGGAUAGUGGACAUUUUUCAUUAUUUAUGAUAGGAAAUUGCUGCUGCUGUUAGAACCGCUCUGUUCAAAGUUUUCCUUGUAAGAAACGAUGAGUGGCCAUGGCUCAUCUUCAGAAAAGGGAGUUAACACUAGUCUAAUAUGUCAGGAGAGUUAUGCCUGUGGUGGCUCCGAGGAGGCUGCAUUUGAGUGUGAUGACUGCAAAAGCCUACAGUGUGUCCGCUGUGAGCUUGAGCUCCAUGACCAGGACAAUCUGAAGAACCACGAGCGGGUUCAGAUCGGUCCUGGUCAUGUCCCGUACUGUGACAACUGCAAAGGAGGAAAUGGAGACAAUGGCAAACGCCGGAGAUCUGUGGUCCGUUGCCAAAACUGCAAAGUUAACUUGUGCCAAGACUGUCAGAAACGCACCCACUCUGGAGGAAACAAGAAGAAACACCAGCUGACAUCUUACCCUCCUCCACCUAAACCUGCAGAGGUCAGCUUUGUUCUCACGUCUGUCCCGCCUGCUGUCCAAAUAGCAGAUGAGAGCAAAUCUCAGAGAGCCAAACUUCUGGAGAAGGUUUCCAGUUUUCUCUUGGUUGAUGAGAAUGAGGAAAUGCAGAUAAAGGAUGAAAGUUCAUUUGUGAAGCGCCUGAGCUGUGACCCUGACCAGCUUCUGAAGGUGGUGUCCAUCUUUGGCAACACAGGAGGAAAAUCUCACACCUUGAACCACACGUUCUUCAUGGGCAGAGAGGUGUUCAAGACCUCGCCCACACAGGAAUCGUGCACAGUGGGUGUGUGGGCGGCGUUUGACCCCAGCCGUAAAGUAGUGGUCAUCGAUACGGAGGGGCUGCUAGGGAACAGCUCCAAACAGGGCCAGAGAACCCGUCUCUUGCUCAAGGUGCUCGCCAUCUCCGACCUCAUCAUCUACCGCACUCAUGCUGAUCGUCUUCAUGACGACCUCUUCAAGUUCUUGGGGGAUGCCUCGGACGCCUACUUGAAGCAUUUCACCAAGGAACUGAAGGCCACAACAGCUCGCUGCGGCCUGGACGUCCCACUGUCCACAUUGGGGCCUGCAGUGGUCAUCUUCCAUGAAACAGUCCACACUAAGCUUCUUGGAUCAGACAAGUCGUCCGAGUCUGUAGACCGGCUGCUGUCCAAGCGCUUCGAGAAGCUCUCCCGUUUCCCAGAGGCCUUCAGCUCUGUGCAGUACUGGGGAACGCAGACACUAAACCCACCUACUGAUUUCCGUGGCCUGCAGAACAAACUGGAGCAGCUCCUGGAUAACAACAGCACCCGUUCCCCUCGCACCCCUGUGGUCAUCUUCAAAGCUCUGCAGGCUUUGAGUGAGCGCUUUUAUGGGGAAAUUACAGGUGAGCUUGUUGCCCACAGCUGUUUCUUUCCUGAUGAAUACUUUACCUGCUCCAGCAUGUGCCUCAGUUGUGGAUCUAGCUGCAAGAACAGCAUGAACCACUUAGGGGAGGGAGCGUGCCAUGAGGCGAAGCAUCGCUGUCGUUAUUCUCCUCAGUGUGAUAACCGUAUUUACACCUGCAAGGCUUGCUAUGAAGGUGGAAAAGAAGUGAUUGUUGUCCCCAAGACCUCUGCUUCCUGCGACUCUCCAUGGAUGGGUCUUGCUAAGUACGCCUGGUCUGGGUAUGUUAUUGAAUGUCCAAGCUGUGGAGUGAUCUAUCGGAGCCGUCAGUACUGGUAUGGGAACCAGGACCCUGUGGAUACUGUUGUCCGCACUGAGAUCCAGCAUGUAUGGCCAGGGUCGGAUGGCUUUUUAAAGGACAACAGCAAUGCAGCUCAGCGUCUUCUGGAUGGAGUAAACCUUGUGGCCCAGUCUGUGUCAGAGCUCAGUGUCAAGCCUGCGAAGGCCGUCACCUCUUGGCUGACAGAUCAGAUCGCCCCAGCAUACUGGAAACCCAACUCUCUCAUCAUGGGGUGCCAUAAAUGUCACACAGUCUUCCAGGACAAUGACACCAAACAUCACUGCCGUGCCUGUGGGGAGGGUUUCUGCGACGUCUGCUCUUCCAAAGCUGCGCCCGUCCCUGAGAGAGGCUGGGGUCUUGCCCCUGUUAGAGUGUGUGAUGUUUGCUUUGAGCAGAGAGCUUCAUUUGCAGAGCUUCUUGAGGCAGAGCCCGAGGAGGAAGAAGGUGGAACCCUCGCCAGAAAGGUUGGAGAAGCGGUGACUAACACUAUAGGGGUUGUGGUCACGGCUAUUGACAUCCCACUUGGCCUGGUGAAAGACGCAGCUCGUCCUGCCUAUUGGGUGCCUGAUCAGGAAAUCCUUUCCUGCCACAACUGCCAGCGGGAGUUCACUGCCAAGCUGUCCAAGCACCACUGCCGCGCCUGUGGCCAAGGAGUGUGCGACGACUGCUCCCCGGAGCGCCGCUCGGUUCCAUCUCGAGGCUGGGACCACCCUGUGCGCGUGUGCGCCAGUUGCAACCAGAAACCCGGAGAACUUUAACGGGGGACAGCCUUCCUUCCUCAGAGCACCGGAGAGAACCAGUCACUCACUCAGCUCGCAGUCUGAUACUGCUUUACCUCUGUUUAUCUAAUGGUUCUGUUGUGUAUCUGCGGAAAGGAAGUUUUUAGGAUCAUACUUUAUAUAGCUUAUAGAUUUGGGAUUACAGAGUUCCUGUGGCCUUUGUAGAACAGCCAGAACAUGUGAGUUACUUGACUGAGAGGGAAAUCUGUAUUUCCUCCCUGAUAAUUCACGGAGAGUGAAAAUUUUGAUUCUUACCGUCACAAAUUCCUAAUUUCACAUUAAAUAUGGCUGUUGAGCUAUUUUUCUACUAUCUGAAAAUAUAAAAAAAUGUAUCAUUUAAAGAAUACUAGCUAGUUAAGAACCCCACGGGGUUGGUGUGAUUAGUUUGCAGCAUUGUUCCUCUGAUGUCGUACGUGUAAUGGCGAGGAGAUAUUUUAUAUCCAUGCAGGUGUAACUGCAGGUUCCAUCGCAUGCUAUAUUGCAACAUUUUAGUUUUUGCACUAAGCCUUUUUCAGCUGUUAUAGGCUGUUGCUUACCAUGGUUAUAUUCCAGAUAUCCACAUCAUCAUGUAGUCUGUCACAAACUGAGCAGAAGUCUGCUUCAGUCCAGUCUAGAUAGUGGAUAUCUGGUGUGCCAAAAAUCAUUCAGGUUACUGUGUCUGUGCUAGUAUGAUGUCUAUAUUUAAUAAUGUGCUCUAUGGUUGUAUGAAAACAUAGAACUGCAUUAGAGUGUACUUUUGAAAUGUGGAAAAUUAUUUAUGUAUUGGAAAAAAAAAAAUAUUAGCACUCUGGCAUGCAUGGCAGUGUGAGAAAUCCAUGGCCUUUUUUCAUUUCAGAGGAUGUUCUCUGAAUAAACCUCACCGUCUCUUUUAAUAAGCGGCAUUUUAAGUGUUCAUGUGUCAUACAAUGUUUGUUUUUCAUGUUAAACUUUGCUUUCUUGAUACCUUGGUUUGAUUGUUUUCUAAACGUUAACUAUCAGGUUGUUUGUAUUGAUACUGUUUUGAAGAACUGUAGAAUAUUGUAAUUUGUCUUCAAACCAGUGUUUUGCCUCCAGGUCUCUGCAGGAACGUUCUGUCAGGGAAACUCCUGAAUAAGGUCAACACAUUUGUCUUCUGUUUGAGCUCUAACCUGCUUGUUUUUCAUUUUAUUCUGUUUGUUUGGCCAUUCAUAUACUUUGUAAUGACGCCUUUAAAUUCUUAUGUUUUUGUGUCUGUUAUUCCACAGAAAUAUUGAUGCUUAAAUGUGGCAAGUACAAAAAAAAAUCAAGAUAUUGCACCAUAGUUAGUGACUGAGAGCUUUAAUUUAUCUUGCAGCAUUACUGUUUUUGAGUUCUUGAGUAAUGACUGAGUCCCCUUAAGGAUCUCAUGCAAAGCACAAAGUGAUGCCUUUAACACGUACGCUUGUAUUUUGUUGUCAAAAAUGAACAAAAAAAAAGGAUAUUUGUCAAUUGUAGGCUUUGUAGAUAAAGUUAAUCCUCCCUUUACUCCCAACGUGGAACUUUUUGGUUCUGAUGAGAAGAUCUUGUGUCUGCCUUGUCUCAAAGUAGAUGUAUGUGUCUGAAUGUUACAUUACACACGUCCUUGUCUGAGAUGCUAAUAUUGCACAGCAUAGAAUAGGAAAUAGAUUGUGGCAUAUGGCUUUUACCGGAAUUUAUUUCCAUGCAUAUGUGUGCAAAUGCAAUUAACGUUCAGUUAUUAUGAUCAUUUUUAUUGGCUAGGGUGCAUUCAUCAGCACUUCUCCCCUACACACAGGUCAAGCAGGAAUUAUUGAUACAAUUUAAACUGUUGGGAACCAACUUGAGGCGAUGAUGUGUGAACAUUUGAUAAACUGUUGGAAGAUUUGCAUAAAAUUAAAGUUAUAUCACCUCCCGUCCUUACAAAAAAAAACAUAA